AUGUCAGCGCCGAUCUGUGUCCUACAGCGGCGAUCCCUCAAUCCACCUCAGAAUUUGGAUAUCGGUGUUGAUAUGGGUCAGGGAUUUGGUGUUGGGGGUGACUUGCAAUUCAAUGCUCAGGCUGAGGAUUCCAUGGAUACCAACUUAGAUGGAGACCUCACAGGAAAUUUACCCCCAACCAAUGAGGAAUGGUAUGAGGGCGCAGCCAGGUGCUAUUCUCAGGAUGGCAUCACAUUUCUGGAUCUUUUUGACACUGACGAGCAUGCAGAAUACAGGAAGGAGAACCUGUUUUAUCCAUUCGCAUUGAGGGAAGAAUGGGAGGUCACCGACUUCCUCCUGCAUUCUGCCCUUAGCAUGGUAGCAAUCAAUACCUUUUUGCAGCUCUCUAUGAUAAAACGAUUACAACUGUCAUUCAACAACGCCAAAGAUUUGCGAAGCUGA